CGUCCCCUGAUAAACUCGGCACAUGCUUGGACUUUGACAGGUCACAGAUUAGAAUGACUGUUUUUCAGACAGAAGUAGAAUACAUUGAAACAGUAGAAAUAUAGUUGUUUUAUUUGUUUGAUAGAACUAACUGCUGUAGUGAUGAAGCGUAAAGUUUAUGUUGUUGGUGUUGGAAUGACAAAGUUUGAGAAGCCUGGGAGGAGGGAGAACUUUGACUAUCCUGAUAUGGCAAAGGAAGCAGGAACAAAGGCCCUGGAAGAUGCCGGACUCUCGUAUGAUGCAAUUGAGCAGGCGUGUGUAGGUUAUGUCUAUGGUGAUUCAACAUGUGGACAGAGGGCCUUGUAUCAACUUGGAAUGACUGGAAUUCCUGUAUAUAACGUAAACAACAACUGUGCCACUGGUUCAACUGCUCUUGUCAUGGCUAAGCAGCUGAUUCAAGGAGGAAUGGCAGAUUGUGUGAUGGCUCUUGGGUUUGAGAAGAUGCAAAGAGGAUCACUAAAAGCGACUCAGUUCACGGACAGGGCCUCUCCAAUGAGUAAACAUGUACAAGUAAAUAAAGAAACUUAUGGUAGAGGUACUGGGCCACUGGCAGCUCAGAUGUUUGGUAACGCUGGCCGUGAACAUAUGGAAAAAUACGGAACAAAACCAGAACAUUUUGCAAAGAUUGCUUGGAAAAACCACAAACAUUCCACAAAUAACCCGUAUUCACAAUUCCAAGAUUAUUACACGUUAGACCAGAUACAGGCUUCACCAAAAGUACAUGAUCCACUCACAAAACUUCAGUGCUGUCCAACAUCCGAUGGUUCAGCAGCUGCCAUUCUGUGCAGUGAAGAGUUUGUACACAAACACAAUCUAGAGUCCCAGGCAGUAGAAAUUGUUGCCAUGGAGAUGGCCACAGAUCUGCCAAGUGCCUUCAAAGAUAAAAGCUGUAUCAAGAUGGUGGGGUAUGAUAUGGCCAAGAAAGCUGCUGACAAAGUAUUCCAGGAAGCGGGUUUGAACAGGGACGAUGUACAGGUUGUGGAAUUACAUGAUUGUUUCUCUUGUAAUGAAUUGAUAACAUAUGAAGCACUGGGACUCUGUCCUCCAGGUAAGGCAGGAGAGAUGGUGGAUAAAGGAGACAAUACAUAUGGUGGUAAAUAUGUUGUCAAUCCAAGUGGAGGACUAAUAUCAAAAGGGCAUCCACUAGGUGCUACAGGUUUAGCUCAGUGUUCAGAGCUGUGCUGGCAGCUUCGAGGUAUGGCCAACAAGAGGCAGGUUAAUGGAGUGAAGGUAGCACUACAGCACAACAUUGGUCUGGGAGGUGCAGCCGUAGUAGGUCUCUACAGGCUCGGGUUCCCACAAAAAGCUGCGUCCAGACUUCAGGCGGUUCCUGCCAGCACUGUGUCACCUGAAAGCUUCAAAUGUAAUGCCAUCUUUAAUGGAAUCAGUGAUGUCUUGAAACAGGAUGGUGCAAAUCUUGUAAAGAAAAUGAAUGGAGUGUUCUGUUUCCAAGUGAAGGGAGACAGUGGCGAGGGUAUAUGGAUUGUUGACUGUAAGAAUGGCAAUGGUUCGGUAAAGUUUGGAGGCCCUGCCAAGGGGGAUGUCACCAUCAUGAUGUCAGACCAGAACCUUGUAGAUCUACUACAGGGAAAACUGAACCCACAAACAGCAUUUUUCCAUGGAAAGUUAAAGAUCAAGGGCAAUACUGCCCUGGCAAUGAAGCUGAAAGACCUGAAAAUGCCCGAGGGAGGAGUCAAGGCAGCAUCAGCUGGUGCCAGUACAGGUUCGGGCUCAAGUCCUGGCUCAGAGUUCAAAGUAGCACCUGUGUUUGAUCUUAUCAAAGAAGAGCUUAACAAGGAUGGUGCAAACAUAGUGAAGAAGAUGAAAGGGGUAUUCUGUUUCCGGGUGAAGAAUGCAGAUGGGAAGGAAGGGAUAUGGGUCGUUGAUGCCAAGAAUGGAGCAGGCUCUGUGUCAUAUGGCGGACCAGCUAAAGGAGAUGUAACCAUAUUGAUGGGGGAUGAAGAUAUGCUCAAUUUGAUGUCGGGAAAACUCAACCCACAAUCAGCAUUUUUCCAAGGGAAACUGAAGAUUCAAGGAAAUAUGGGAUUAGCAAUGAAACUCAAGGAACUUCAACCAAAGGGGCAGUCAAAAUUGUGAUGUGCUUCUAUAUCUGUGAUAAAAACAUUUAAAAUCAUUCAUGUUCUCAGUGAAAAUUACCAACUCCUUAUUAUGAAAAAUAAACUGUGUAAUUUAGUUAAAGCAGAAAUGCAUCGUUAAAUUUAUUUUAUGAUCAUGAAAUCUUUUUCUAUGAUCUAUAUACAUGUAGUUGCUUACAGAUCAUGAAUUGUAAAUUGAAACAUUUGAAGGAAGGUUUACAAAGAUUGAUAAAUUCAUUGGGCUCUGAAAUUUAUGAAUCGAAAACUUAAUUGAAAAUUAGCCCAAACAUUUAUAAUAAAUUCUCAAAUAUUAUAAGGACUAUUGUAACAAAGUAUAGCUUUUAAAUUCAUCCAUGCUGAAUUUUUAAAGAUAUUUUGUUAAUCAGAGACAAAAUUAUUUCUAUUUUACAUAUAAUAUUUCAAAACAUUUUAUUUAAUUUAUUUAGGUUAAUGUAUUGUUCCAUGGAAAUCGUCAUGUGCUGAAAUUAAUUGGUUGUUGUUACUAUAUUGCAGUUUAUUUUGAAAGUAUACAAGUGACUUUUGCUUGGAUUUGUAUACACUUUAUAUUACUUCAAAGACAUUAUUGAAAUGUUUGUGUUAUUGUUGUAUACUUCUACAGUUAGCAUAAUUAUUUUCUUUUUUUGAAAAUAAAUGUGAAGGUAUCUAAUGUGCAUCUUUCACUAAAAUUUUAGCUGAUACUCACUUAAAAUGCAGAAAAUCCUCAAUUAAAUGUCCUGUACAACAAUCUUUUAAGAAACUUGUAGUUUUUCAGGGGAAGAAUACAUUCAUACUGUGCUUAGAUAUACGUGUGUUUGGUGCAUAGUGUUUUAAACCUUACACACAGUACUGUUUAUAUACACAAACAUGUUAAUUUUCCAUAGAUACUUAUAUUUUCAAUAUGAAUUUGGUUCUAAUAUAUAUCUAAUCUGUGAAUACACAUGUAUGUGGAACUCUGGCUCUUGAUCUGCUAUAUUUGUUCUCUGUAUUCACUAAUAUCAUGAUUUUUUAAAUGUAUUUAUUGUACAAUUGUUUUUAGAAGAAAUUUCAUGAUUGUGUGGGACAUACUGGUAUCAAAGAUUUACAACAAAAAUAGUGCUCAUGUAAUGAACAGAACAGAUUUCCUAUCUAUAAUAUCAUCUGUAUUGUAUGUUGAUGGUAUCAAAGUUUGCCAUUUCACCUGAGCUGUGUUGAAGCCCAGUACAAAAUGAAAAGCUAGAAUUACUUUGAUACCUGUUGUUUUGCCUUCAAAUUAAUUGUUAUGUUUAUAAAGAUUCUCAUUUGUGAUGACCAAAUGCUUUUUUACAAAUGAUUUAUUCAUGAUUUACAUAUCUGUGCUUAACUAUGUCAAAUCAGUCAGAUGAUUGCUUAAGAAUUUGAAAAUUUAAGACCAUGGAAAAAAAAUAAAAACCAGAAAUAAAAAUUACUAUAUA